GUGCAAUAAAAUCAUGAACCUUCUACAAGUGAGAAUCCAGCACUGCAGGCACCUGGCUGAGGAGAAUAGCUGACCUGCUGGGAUUGGCCUCACCUGCCUCAGGGUUACAGCUGAGCAUCGGGCAGGUGGAGGCACAGCGAAGGACAUGAUGUUCAGCCUGAAUGUUGCCAGAAAUCAGGGAUAUGUCCAAGAGCUGUUCCAUGAGGAAGUACAGCAGGUAUCUCAAACACAGACGAAGCCCUGGUGGAAGAUCCAGCUGUUUGUGUGGGAGCCAGUGCUUUUUGGAACAUGGGAUGGCGUCUUCACCUCUUGCAUGAUCAACAUUUUUGGAGUGGUCCUUUUCCUGAGAACGGGAUGGCUUGUGGGAAACACUGGCAUUAUAAUGGGAAUGUUUCUGGUGUCCUUUGUCAUCCUGGUUGCCCUGGUCACCGUCUUGUCUGGAAUUGGGGUGUGUGAGAAGUGCAGCAUCGGAAGUGGAGGAGUCUACUCCAUGAUUUCUACUGUCCUUGGAGGUCAAGUAGGGGGGACGAUUGGCCUCCUUUAUAUUUUUGGCCAGUGUGUUGCAGGUGCCAUGUACAUCACUGGCUUUGCAGAGUCAAUUGCAGAUGUGUUGAGCCUCAGCAACAUCUGGGCAGUGCGUGGGAUCUCCCUGGCUGUCCUGCUGGGCCUGUUGGGCAUCAACCUGGCUGGGGUGAAGUGGAUCAUCAGGCUCCAGCUCCUGCUGCUCUUCCUGCUGGCCGUCUCGACGCUGGACUUUGUCAUUGGGUCCUUUACACACCUUGAUCCAGAUCUCUUUUUCUUAGAGGACUGGGGAUGUUCUCAUCAAAAGCUGUUCAAGCAUGUCAAGGCUAUCAGCCCACAGCAAGGGCAUGGCUUUGUUGGCUACUCUGAAGAGCUUAUGUUCAACAACACGCUGCCAGACUACAGCCAGGGGGAGUCCUUCUUCACCGUUUUUGGAGUGUUUUUCCCAGCUGCCACAGGUGUGAUGGCCGGGUUCAAUAUGAGUGGAGAUCUCCAGAAGCCUGCUACCAACAUCCCCCUGGGGUCUCUGGCUGCUAUUGGCACCUCGUGGUUUCUGUACAUGGUCUUUGUUUUCUUGCUGGGAGCCAUUUGUACACGCCAGUCGCUCCGCUAUGACUUCAUGAUAGCAGAGAAGGUAUCCUUGGUGGGUUUCUUGUUUUUACUAGGGCUGUACAUCUCAUCCCUGGCCUCCUGCAUGGGAGGGCUGUAUGGAGCACCCAGGAUCCUGCAGUGCAUCGCCCAGGAGAAUGUGAUCCCCAUGCUGACCUUCCUGGGACAUGGGAAAGGACCCAACAAGACUCCAGUGGCUGCAAUUUGCUUAACGAGCGUCAUCACCAUGGCUUUCGUCUUCAUUGGGCAAGUGAACAUUCUUGCUCCCAUAGUCACCAUCAACUUCAUGUUGACCUAUAUUGUCAUAGACUAUUCCUAUUUCUCAGUUUCCUUGAGCUACAAUGUUCAGCAGAAACUUGACGAGGCCCAGAUGGAAAACUCUCAGCCUGCUCAUUCCUCCCAGCCUUUAAUUUUCAGCAAGUCCUCCAGCCGUGCAGCAGAUGGAGUAAUUCAAAGCCUAUCAAAUGGCACCUUGCUGGAAUUCACAAAAGACAUGGACCAGCUUUUUAAACCAUUUCAUAGUGAGCCAGAAACUUGCAAAAAAGAUGGAGCUGAGAAUUUAACCCAAAAGGCCAAACAAAAGAAGGCAAAGAAACCAGCCAAGCAGAUGUUACAAGACAGCUUUCUCCUGGAUCUCCAUCACGAUGCGACCCCAGCUCGGAGUGGCUGGGAUGAGACCAUGGAGCCCCACAGGGAGAGCUGGCAGGGCCUGGCUGAGCAGAGCAUCUGGUGUGAUGUGGGUCCAUGCUUAUCACCCACUGUGGAAGCCCAGCAGAGCCCUGAGAUGCUGGAGGUGGGGGAGCAGCUCUGCAGCGAGGCGCUUGUGCUCCCCGGCCGUAGGGGAGAAGAAUCAUCCAUAAAGCAACAAAUUCCAGAGCUGGAAAUUCAACAAAUACCAGAAUCCUUCUACUCCAAAUUCUGCAACCACUGGGUUUCCUUGGCUGGUGCCAUCAUGUCCCUCAUCAUCAUGUUUGUCAUUCAGUGGAUCUACACACUUGUCAGCCUGGGUGCAGCUGUUCUUCUGUAUUUCUACAUCGGACAAGUGAGCCCAGGACUCCCCCUUGGAGCAGCAGCGAACUUCAGUUUCUUUGGCUGGUUUAAGUCAGUUGUGGUCACCUCGUGCAGGAGAAGGCCAUCUCCCAAGGAGCAGAUCGUGGUGACACCAUCCUUUGCAACAGUUGGCAUGGAGACCACGCAGCUCACGGAGGAGAACGCAGACUUUGCCUCCCGGGACCGCUAUCACCACUCCUCACUGAUCAGCCAAGAGGAGUUGGUGAAUCAGUUCCAGUAAAGGACAAGAGGGAAAAAAAAAAUAAAUAUAUCAAGCUGUCACUUCAAACAGCAUUUAGAAAUGCUGCCACCAUGCCUCAUGAAAUACUUGAAUAUCUAUGAAAAGGAUGUGAACGGUUAUUUAUAUAUUCGAAGCUUGUUUGUUUAUGCAAAUAACCACAUUGCUGGGUUUCAAAAUUUAUCUAAAAUGGGGAGAAAAAAAUGCAAAUGAAAGGGCCAGUGCAGGGAAGUGAUGAGUUACUGAGGACAGUAUAAUCCUUUUUAAAGAAUUCAAUUAUAAGCCUUAUUGAGCUCUAAAGACCAUCGUCGCUAUAAAAGUGGACAACACCCCAUUUUCAAAUGUCCUCUGGGUGCUUAGGGACACUUUGUGCCUGGAAGCAGUGACCUUGGCAGCAGGAGUCAGCGUCCCACUCCCAGCUGUGCCAUAGAUGGAUGUGACCUUCCAGGUCAAUUAAUUUCUCCUCUCAGCAUGAAUUUGCCUACUUAUAAUACAGUAAUUUUCUACCUCAGCAUUUCAGGUUCCAAGGUCUUAGAAAGUUCUUUAAGGCAUUAGACAACAGAAUCAGUGAGAAGUGCAAGAAGAUUAUGAAACAUAUUCUUAACUGAAAUUGCACAUUAAAUGCAGAAAUACAAUAUAAUGACCUCUACUGUGAAACUGUAAAAUGAUGUCUUAGAAGCUGCUCGGAGUGAUUUCCCAUAUCCUUUCUAAUGUGACACCUGGGACCUGACAGCAUAGCUGGACCCAAAUAGAGAAUCUCCUGUCUGAAGGGACAGAUAAUUCAGAAAUGCCUUAACAAAAUAUGUUUAGCCUCAUCUUUGCUAAUUUUGCUUAAAGCCUGUCCCAUAAUGAGCUCCCCCAAGGAGCUAUUUGUCCUGCUGCUGUGAUUUGGGAUGGAGGAGGUUGAGCAGGGGAGGCUGCAGCAUUUACUGCACAGACCUUAGGGUUGGUGGGCAGUAGCUGUGAGGUGGGGUCUUGCAUGGAUGCCCCUUUCACCAUCACUUCUGCUGCCCAGGGAAAAGCCCCACUUUAGGCAGCAGUCGUGGCAGACACUUGGGGAGCUGCAAGGAAGGGAUCUGGGCUGAGGCAAGCCCCAGCAGUACAAACAUUUCUGAUGCUAAAAGGAGAGGGAAAUCACUGCUUUUCACUUCCUUUCAUCUCUGAUCCUUUCAACCUGUAGAUUUUUGUAUGUCUCCUGUGCAGUAAAAUCUUGAGACAGCAGGAACCCCCCUCUCUGCUUGCUGUGGGUGCACCUGAUGCCUUUGAGCACCAUUCUGCUUGCCAGGUGCUCAACACCCCAGUGUUACCAGCCCCAUCCCAUCUCAUGGGCUGACCAACUCCAGCUUUGACUCUUCCAGAUUCCUUACAGAGGGGAAGCAAAGGAGGCUUUCUCCUGAGAUGAAGAAGAGAGCAGUCUUAGUGCACUGCAGAAGCACAUUCAUUUUUCCAGGCCACAGGUCUUUUUACUAAGUGUAUUUUACCUUAAUUAUAAAAACUGAGGCACGAUAGAAGUUAUGUUUGUGUGGCCAGCUCUGAGCCACCUCAGGUCAGUUAUUCUGUAUUGGAAAUGCUUCUUCUAGGAGUCCUUCCUGCCAUUGCCUUUUGCUUUUGAUUUCCAAAGAGUCUGGCUGUGCUGUGGGGAUGUGGCUCCACGCUGAAGCUUCCCCUGGGUUCUCUGGGGACCAGUGGCUCCAGAAAGCGCUUUCUGUGCCCGUUGCAUCCUUGACCUUGGCAGCUACCACUCUUGUGCAAACUCCAAACACUCCUAGAUGCUGAUUCACCAUUGGCAAGCUGUGUGGUGCUGUGUUAUUAUUCCUUGUUACAGUUUGGUACACAUCCAUAAUGCUAGUACUGUAAAGUCUUG